CACUACAACUUGCCAAAACCACAAAUAUCAACAUGUGAUGAAGCUAGACGUAUCACCUAUCAACAACAAAACAAUUCCUCCUUUACCAAAAAAAAAAAACAAUAAUUCCUCCUGAAAAUAAACAAACAAAAAUCACUUUUUAUAUCUUUUUCACUUUAGGUUAAAUAAAUAAAAUAAAUUCUCCAUUAUUCACAUUUCACACCCAAAACAAAAAGGAGAAAAAACAAACAAAAAUCAGAACUUCAUCUCUCUCUCCUCUUAAUUUUCUAUCUCCUAAAUUCGUGGCAAUUUUUUUUUAUUUUUAUAGAAAAAAAAACAAAAAAUCGCCAAAAAAUACAACCUUUAUUAGAGAGAGAAAACGAAAGAUUUUGUUUUGCGAAUUUGAAGCUGAAUCUUUUUUUUAAUGUACAGUGGAAAUUUUACUUUAGCUCAUAAAAGUGAAUUAUUAGGAAAUUUAGGGCAGCGUUGAAUUUGAAUUAGAUUUUUUAGGUUAGAAUUAUAAAUUGAUUUGGGGGAAUUGGUUGUAGGAUAGUGAAAUUAGGGUUAUGGAAACGGCGGAAAGCAGUGAAAGAGGGAGGAAUGAUAGAGAAGAAGUGAAAGUGAAGUUGAAGACUUUGAAAAAAGUUAUGGAACAGUGUCAAAGAGCUCUUGAAUCUCUUAGCGCAGAUGGUUUGCAUGUUGAUGAUGAUGAUGAUGAUGAAAACGAUGAUGAUGAUGAGAGAGAAAAUUCCGCUCGAUCUACUUCUUCACCAGAUCAUGAAGCUGAUGAAUUGUGUGAUUUGAUCAAGUCUAGGUUGGAUGGUCCGGAAUUUCUUGAAAGGCUAGAGAGUGCUCAGCUCUCAGUUCAUCAGAAACGCCCAGCAGAAGAAGGUAGUUCUUGGGAUAUGGUGAAUGAUAAGGAUCUGUGGGAAGGUGAAGGUGGAAAUGUUGAGGAUGAUCAGGAAGACUAUGUUGUUGUUAGACAAGAAGACAUUUUAGACGGGAUGGCGUGCUUUAUGGCUGCUUAUUUGUUAUCUCUUAAAGAAACAAAGGACCUGACUCCUAAUAAACUCCAAGAAGCUCUUAGGAAGACUUUCUCUAUUAAGAACCGAAAGGGGAAGCUGCGAAAAGCAUUUGAUGGAACUAAAGUAAUUUACAAUGUUGCUUCCUGGAGUGCAACUGCAAUUGGUAUUUACCAAAAUCCUGCACUUCUUAGUGUGGCUACAACAGCCUUUUGGACCUCAUGCCGUGUCAUAUCGAGGCUUUUCUGAAUCUGUUCAAUAUCACUUACGAGAAAGCUCACAAGUCACAAGGAGAAGAGGGUGCUUCAUGUGUUCUGUUAAAAUGUACAAUCCUUUCACGUUUCACAAAAAUCUGUAGAAAGCAAUUGCAUUCUUUUGUGUGCUGGAUUGAUUGAUCUCUCAGCCGAAUCAAAUCAUGUAAAUAUCUCCAUUUAAUUUAAUUAAUCAGUUUCAGGGUGCUUAACUGUUA